UAUAUCCUUUAUAUACAACUUCACAAACUUUUUAUCAUAAUGAAAUAAACAAUUACGAAGGAACGCUUAAUACAUCUCGAGUAUGGAAUAUGAGGAUGUACGAUAAUGGCACAGUAGUAUUAAGAGUCGUUAGAAUUAAAAGAAUUCCUGAUAAACCUCCUAAUAUAGGUCUUUGUAUGUUUGAAGAGUUUUCUUUAAGAAUCAUUUAUCCUAACGGGACGGUUGUUGAGAACGACAUUUUGUUAGACAUUCCGGAGUUUAACUAUUGCUCGCGCGCAGAUCGUACUGAUCCGUUAAAGCCACGGAAUUUGGAAUUAAUAGAAUAUUAUUUGAUUGGAAAGAAAUACAUUUUAGUUACUUACUUUAACGCAACAAAUAGCAGUGAUUACGAUACAUAUGAAGAUUGGGGAGUGAUAAUUGAUUAUAAUGGCAACGUUUUAGAUAGAAUUCGAUUUGGUGUCUCAUUUACAGUCAAUCACAAGCUUGUGAUAAAUACUCAUAUAGUUUUAAAUGUUAAUAGGGAGAAAGGAUUUAUCAGACUUAAUUUCAUUAAAGGUUCACUAAAUGCGGAAUGGCGACAAUUUUAUGUAAAUUCUGACGGAAAGUUAACCGAUUUAACUAAUGGAACGCUUAAUUUUAUCGAUUAUACGACUUUAACUGUUAACGUUAUUUCAACAGUUGAUGAGGGUUAUGCUAUCGUAUAUGCAAAUAUGACUGGAAAGUUCCAAACAAUCGAUACAAACGAUACAAUUGAAAAUAGUACAGAAGAAAUGUUAUCACCAAAAAUUCAACUCUUCGCUACACUUAUAAGACAUAAUGGAACGCUUAUCGAACCUUUUAUACUUUAUCAAUCAUCUUUACCAAAUUUAAUUAUUGAAUCAUUACAUUGUAGUAUUGCAUACGUCGAUGUUGGUCAAAUAUGUGUCUUAACCUUAAAAAAUCAAGGCAACAAAAGGUUCGUUGUCAAAAACGCUUUCGUAUCUUGUGGUACAGUUUUUUCCUCUUCAACUUUUCAUUAUUUACUUCCUGACAUCGAUUUUAACGAGUAUUGGGACUUAGUAAGUUUACCAUUUGAUGGUUAUUUGAUAACAAAUAAAAUUGCAGUUAAAGGUUCUAAGGGAAUUUUAAUGCAUGGUUUUUUACUUAAUCAAGAUAAGAAAUCGAUUGAACCAUGGGGCUUGGAAGAACCUCGACUGUGUAAUGUAAAUGGUGAUUUUUUGGUAUUACCGAAUAAUACUAUGAUAAUAGCGAACCUUGAAGAUGAUAAUGGUAAUAGCUGGUCAUUCACGAUACAUGAGUUGCCUAAAAUGCUUGAUAGAAAAAAUGAUUAUUUGAAUGCAAACAUUGAGUCAAGUUCGCCACCAAUUAAUGGGAUUGUCAUUCCAGGGCAAAAUAUUGAGAUUAAUUUUUAUGUUCGGGUAGAAUUAUCCGACGGUCAAAUUGAAAUUCAUCAAAUUGAAUCCGGUCAAACUUCAUUACGUCAAAUAAUUCACAGCAGUUCGGAAGAUAUCUUGUUGAAAAACGAGGGUAAAACGUUGGUCAUAAAAGUAUACGAUAGUACUUUUAGUGUAUCGUACAAGAAUUAUUUUAUUAAGAUGGAUAAUAAUUUUGUUAAAAGUUAUGUGUAUCGAGAAUCUUUAAUGGGCAUAAAAGAAAAUAUUUGGACAGUUAUUAGCAGCGAAAGAACUGUUAAUGACGAACGUUUUUAUCCUACAACCACUUGUCAGCUUCGUCUAACCGAUGAAGGUACAAAAGCCUACGAAGAAUAUUUAUCUGCUGGAAACCGUACGAUUUUUUUCGAUUCUUUGUUAAAAGAAUUGGUCGAUGCUGUUCCUAUAAAUAUCAGACUUCUUGAUUCAAACAAAUACGCUGAGCGUGAUUUUGAUGUUGAGAAUCAUUCUUUUCUAUAUUUAAUCUCUGUUGUGAUUAAACAAGUAGAUUCUGAACAAGAUGUAGGAACUGUUAUCAAGUAUCUUCGUACGUUGAUUAGAAAUAAAAAAUAUACUCCAAUCGGUAGUGGCAAAUUUACUAAGUAUUUGGACGAUACUUUUGGUAUUGAAGUUACAACAAAUUUAUGGAAAAAAUAUAAAUACGGAUUGUUCAGUGUGAUUUUGAUUGGGUUGGUCAUUGGACCUUCAUUCUUCUUUUUCUCUAAAAAAAAGGGUGCUGAUCCAGAAAAGAAUAAGAAGGUAUACUCUAAAGAUGAUAAAGAUUUUAACAAAUGGCUUAAAAAUAAUAUAGCAUUAGCAAGUAUAUUAGCUACCUUAUCUUGUGCUGAUAUUGAAGUCUUUAGUGUUUUAACCUUAGAAGGUCUUCCUGAAAAAUACAAAGCUCCUUUUAGUCCGGAUGCUGAAACAAGAAUGGUUUUUGUUGCUUUUUUAAAUAUCUUCGCUGAAGAUAUUCCUCAAUUUAUCAUUCAAAUUUUAUAUAUGCUUAGGACUGUAAAUUAUGGCGUUAUUCCAUUACUUACAUUAUUUACAUCUGCAUUAAGUUUAACAAGAAAUAUC